CAAAUGUCAUAACAUUACAAAAGCACGUGCGGUUUUUAAAUUUUAUAGAAGAUUUUGAUCAAUAAAAUUGAAUAAAAAUGAGGGUUUUAUCAGAAGAACGGACUCGUAUCUUAUUUGAGAAGCUAACUAAAUAUAUUGGUGUGAACGUAAAAUUGCUCAUAGACAGACCAGACGGCACAUAUUGCUUCCGAGAAAAGAAGGACAGAGUUUAUUAUAUAUCAGAAAGACUGCUUCAGCUGGCCCAAACGGUGAAACCAGACCACUUAAUAUCCGCAGGCACUUGCUUCGGCAAAUUCACAAAAACUAACAAAUUCAGACUUCACAUCACUGCUCUGACAUAUAUAGCUCCAUAUGCACAGUACAAAAUCUGGGUAAAACCAUCUUCAGAACAACAAUUUCUAUAUGGCCAUCAUGUUAUUAAAAGUGGUCUCGGCAGAAUCACAGAGAAUACACCGAAACAUCAAGGUGUCGUGAUACAGACAAUGUCGGACAUUCCCAUCGGAUUCGGUGUGACGGCUCGGACGACCACUGAGUGUAGGAACGCUGAUCCGUUAGCCACAAUUGCCUUCCAUCAAGCGGAUAUAGGAGAAUAUAUUAGAUCGGAGGACACUUUGGUAUAGAAUAAAUAGUUAUUUUUA